ACCUCCGCAGUCCGCACCUACUGACCUACCUCAUCGCCGAUCGGCGGGCGUCACCAUACCAAACGUCCAAACCAAACCAAACCCCGCCCGCGAAUCUCUCCCCGCCGAGCCCGACCAGCCGCGAAUCCGCCCGCGGGAGGGGAAGGGCGCGAGCGCGGCGGGGGCAUGGAGAUCCUGCAGGGGCAGAGGCUGGAGACCACGGUGGCCGUCGCGGUCGCCGUCGUCGCCGUGGCCGCCGGCGCCGCCUACCUCUUCCUCCGCAGCAGGAAGCCCAGGGGUUGCUUGGACCCCGAAAACUUCAGGGAGUUUAAACUUGUAGAGAAGAGGCAACUCAGUCAUAAUGUCGCCAAGUUAAAGUUUGUGCUCCCAACACCUACUUCUGUAUUGGGUCUUCCAAUCGGACAACAUAUAAGCUGCAGGUUUGGUUAUGUCUUUUACCACCUGAGAAGACUGGUUCUGCAAGGCAGAGCCUUUUAUUUGAAUUUCUGUAAUCUCGAUUCCCCUCCUGUUUGCCCCUGUUGUUCCAGGGGACAGGAUGCUGCUGGCGAGGAAGUAAUCAAGCCUUAUACUCCCACUACACUGGACUCUGAUCUUGGACACUUUGAGCUUGUUAUUAAGAUGUACCCCCAAGGAAGAAUGUCUCAUCAUUUUCGUGAGAUGAAAGUUGGCGACUAUAUGUCUGUAAAGGGACCUAAGGGUCGUUUCAAGUACCAACCUGGACAAGUGAGAGCAUUUGGAAUGAUUGCUGGAGGAUCAGGCAUUACCCCAAUGUUCCAAGUUACAAGGGCAAUUCUUGAGAACCCACAAGACAAUACAAAAGUUCACCUAAUCUAUGCGAAUGUAACAUAUGAUGAUAUUCUUCUUAAGGAAGAACUGGACAGUAUGGCCAAAAACUAUCCCGAUCGUUUCAAGAUCUACUAUGUCCUGAAUCAGCCUCCUGAAAUCUGGGAUGGCGGUGUUGGGUUCGUGUCGAAGGAAAUGAUCCAAGCUCAUUGCCCAGCACCCGCUGCCGACAUUCAGGUGUUGAGAUGCGGGCCUCCCCCCAUGAACAAAGCCAUGGCCGCGCACCUGGACGAGCUUGGCUACACGAAGGAGAUGCAGUUCCAGUUCUAAUCAAGCCCCGCAUCUGCCGAAGGAUACUAAAAAUAAUAGCGACGGGACAUGUUUUCGCUCUCCGUUGAGUCGAGUCACAUAGCUCCAGCAGACGUAUUCACAAAGCAAUGCGUCGUAUCUCUCGAUGACAGCACGAGUGCCUAAUCUGUAUCGGUGUUGCGACAUUGAAUUGAACCAUUGGCAUUUGUGCCAUUGCUGCUCCACCCUCCAGUCCAGACAUCGAGAGACAUCCACUGCCUUGCAUCAUUAUAUGUCUCCAAAAUUUUCAGUA